AUGUCGUCCACACCGGCCCAGGAAAACGGCGCCGCUUCAUCCAGCUCUUCCAACUCUGCAUCCAACGACACCACUCCCGCCCCCUCUACUACUCCCACCACCGCCAGCAACUCUUCAGCCCCUGCUGCUGCUGCUCAAGAUGAGAGCCUUGUCUGCCGGUGGGCUGAGUGCAAUGAGCGUUUCGCUAGCGCCGAGGUGCUCUACUGCGAGAAGCAUGUUGGUCGCAAGAGCACCAACAACCUGAACCUCACAUGCCAGUGGAACUCGUGCCGCACCACCACGGUGAAGCGCGACCACAUCACUUCGCAUGUCCGUGUUCACGUUCCCCUAAAGCCGCACAAGUGCGAUUUCUGCGGCAAGUGCUUCAAGCGCCCUCAGGAUCUCAAGAAGCAUGUCAAGACUCAUGCCGACGACUCGGUUCUGGUGGGCAGGUCUCCCCAGGACCAGAACGCUCCCUCCGGUUUCUAUGAUCACAAUGGCCAUAUGCGCGGUACUAACCAAGCCCCUUUUGGCCAGCCCCAUCAGAAUGGUCAGGCUAGUUACUACCACGCACAGUACCCAGCAUCCCAGCCCUACCACGCCCCCAUGUACUACCCAGCCCAGCCCAUGGGCGGCCAGCGUAACGAUUUCGCUACUGGCCACCAGGCUGCUCCUUUCGAUGCUCGGAAGCGUCAGUUUGAUGACCUGAAUGACUUCUUUGGCAGUGUCAAGCGCCGCCAAAUCAACCCUGCCUCCUAUGAGUCGGUUGGCCGCGCUCUGAUGCCUCUCCAUGCUCCCUUGGGCCUUCACUCUGGAGGUCUGGCGACUGAGUACAUGGCUCAGCCUCCUCACACUCUCGGCAUGGCCAGCGCCCAUCAUCCGCUCACUCAGCACUAUUACCUCCCGCCCAUGCCCAACCUUCGCACCAAGGAGGACCUCCAGCAAAUGGACCACUUCCUCGAGCAGAUGCAAGCGACUGUCUACGAGAACACCGCUGUUGAGAUGCGCCAUCACUCGCCUACAUAUGCCACUCGCCCGAACAUCGACCCGUAUCCUGGCGCGUCCCUCGCCUCGCCGCUUAGCGCUGCUUCUCCUCACUCGGCUGGCACCCCUGCUGUUACGCCUACUCCUAGCAACAUGUCGUACACCUCGGGCCACUCACCAAGCACCUCUUCCACCAGCCUGUCUCCCACCACGCGCCACAGCUCCACCCCCUCGGUCUCUUACCCGACUCUCCCCAGCCGGCCAGGCCUCCCCUACCCCUCGACCUCGGGUCUGGGCUCCAACUUCACCCACAAUGAGCGUCGUCUCUCGGGCGGCGUCCUUCAGAGCGCGCGCCGCGCCGCCGAUGCGGAAGACCGUGCGCCCACCCCCAAGGCCAGCGAGCAGGCUACCACGGCCAGUUCGCCAUCGGAGGAGUCGGAAGGCGACGUCAAUGGGCCCGAGACCUACGACGACUGGCUCCAGCACAUGCGCGUCAUCGAGUACCUUCGCCAGGGCAUCCGUGCCCGUCUGGAAAGGCAGGACUUUGAUGAGGACGAUACUAGCAGGAUCGACCCCAUGGUGCUCGAGUCGUCGGAUCGCAACCAGCAGCAGCGGAGCCAGCAACAGCAGAUGAAGAGCCCGAAUAUGCCGACGGCGGCGGGUCCUUCGGCACCGGAGAAGCCUCUUUAUCCUGUUCUUCCUCGCAUUAACUAG